AUGUCAAGAAGAACUAAAAAGGUCGGUUUAACAGGAAAGUAUGGAACAAGGUAUGGAUCAUCAUUACGUAAACAAAUAAAAAAAAUUGAAUUAAUGCAACAUGCCAAAUAUUUAUGUACCUUCUGUGGAAAGACUGCUACAAAAAGAACUUGUGUAGGUAUAUGGAAAUGUAAGAAAUGCAAAAGAAAGGUUUGUGGAGGUGCUUGGAGUUUAACAACCCCAGCUGCUGUUGCUGCUAAAUCAACCAUUAUAAGAUUAAGAAAACAAAAAGAAGAAGCCCAAAAAUCUUAA